ACCUGUGAAAUUGCCUAGCAGAUUCGUCAUAACGUAAACAUGACGGAGUUGCUUCACUUUUUUUUCUGUGGUUAACGCACUUAAUUUCACUGUAAUACAGUGUAGGUGUUAUGUAUGCGUGCGUAGUUAAUGUUUAAUUGUUUUUAAUUAUUCGUUACUAUUACGAAAAGUCCUGUCGUAUGGAAUGGAUCUGGUGCGCAUGCGCAGUUCCCGUAGAGUCGUCUGGCUAUAAAUAGUGCACUCUAAAGGAUGGCAGAAGGCUUCCUGAUGGAGGUAUGUGUGGAUUCGGUUGAGUCGGCGAUAAACGCAGAAAGGGGAGGUGCUGGCCGUAUUGAGCUCUGCUCCAGUCUUAUUGAAGGUGGCAUCACCCCCAGUGUUGGUCUGCUGCAGGUGGUCAAGGAGAAUGUGCAGAUUCCAGUGUACGUGAUGAUCCGGCCCCGAGGAGGCGACUUUCUUUACUCUGAGCGGGAGGUCGAGGUGAUGAGGAGGGACAUAGAGCUGCUGAAGAGACACAGGGCUGACGGAUUUGUCCUGGGGGCGCUGACUGAGGAUGGCCGAGUCGAUGCCGAGCUCUGCAUGGAACUCCUUGCUACUUGUAGACCGCUGCCAGUUACAUUUCACCGAGCAUUCGAUAUGGUCCACGAUCCAGCCGUUGCCGUAGAAACCCUGGUCUCCCUCGGUUUCGAGAGGAUUCUGACGAGCGGUUGCGACAGCUCUGCUUUGGAGGGUUUACCUGUCAUCAAACGCCUCGUGGAACAGGCAAAAGGCAGAAUAAUUAUAAUGCCAGGUGGAGGCAUCACUGAGCGUAACCUGCAGAGGAUACUCGAAUUCUCCGGCGCCCAAGAGUUCCACUGCUCGGCACGCUCCACUAAAGACUCGGCUAUGAAAUUUAGGAACUCCAGCGUGAGUAUGGGAGCCUCCCUCACAGCACCGGAGUAUUCGCUCAAGGUGGCCGACGUGGGCAAAGUACGCACUCUCAAUGCCAUCGCCAAGAACACUCUUUAGGGCCACUCUGAAGGGACUGGGCUCUAUUUAGGGAGCAGGUUCUCCUCGGUAUGGAGUCUGUGUCUAUAGUAUUGUUUGGAUUUCUUAAAUAGAGCUGUUUUAUAUUUCAUUAAUUCAUCAGUGAGCUGAGUUUUUCGUCUCGGUAUGAAACAGCAGGCUUGAGUACUCGCAGUGGCAUUUGUUAUUCUUGCAUCACUGAGGCUCAUUGAUCAAAUUUGCUUGUUCAGUCACACUAAUCAGCAUGUGGCUGCUUGCUGCUGUUUAUUAGAAGCUGUUAUAAUCCAAAAUGAAACGAUUUUUUAAAUUCAAUGUAGCCAUCUCUGUAAAUGUCAUCUCCUUUGUUGACUUCUCACUUUAUUUCAUCUCACUGGUUCCUUUCCCAGAUUAAAGAACUCAAUUAGUGGGACAAUUAUGCAAUAUGUUUUGUGCUUGAGAAGAAUUAACUACAGAUUUCUCACACAGAGAAGAUACCAGAAUUUAAUUUGGUGAAUAAAUAAUUGUUUUCUACAGCCAA